AGAAAGUCAAACUUCGUUUUUUUGGGGAUAUCGUGGUUGGGAGGGUUGGUCGUUCAUAUAACAAGGCUUCGACCUGCUGUCCCUUGUAGAUCUGUCGAGACAGCUUCUUCAACUAUACCAUAUAUCGUCUGCUUGCGACAGAGAUCAUUGAACUUGCCUCUGAUCGAACCCAUCGUCGCAAACAUGGCCUUCAGCAUAGCAACCCUCUGGACGGCGCCCGCCAUCAACCCCAUCAACAAAAAAGCCCGCUCAAUCCCCUUCUUCAACCCCAUCAACGAAUACGGCCGGGUCUUCUUCUUCUCCUGGUUCGGUUUCCUGCUCGCCUUCUGGUCCUGGUACGCCUUCCCCCCUCUCCUCCACGACAUCAUCGCCAAAGACAUCCACCUCACCCCAAUCCAAGUCGCCAACUCCAACAUCGUCGCCCUAACCGCAACCCUCUGCGUCCGACUCAUCGCCGGCCCCGCCUGCGACCGCUUCGGUCCCCGCAAGACGUUCGCCGGCUGUCUCCUCAUCGGCGUGAUUCCCACUUUCCUCUCCGGAACAGUCUACAACGUCAACCAGCUCUACGCAUGCCGUUUCUUCAUCGGGAUUCUCGGGGGUAGUUUCGUGCCUUGUCAAGUCUGGACGACGGGGUUCUUCGAUAAGAAUGUCAUCGGUACGGCGAACUCGCUGACUGCGGGACUGGGGAAUGCGGGUGGGGGGAUCACGUACUUUGUCAUGCCGGCGAUUUUCAAUAGUCUGGUGAAGGAUCAAGGGCUCACAGCGCACGUCGCAUGGCGGGUGACGUUCGUCGUUCCGGGCAUCAUCAUCGCCGCUGUCGCUCUGGCACUCCUCCUCUUGUGUCAAGACACUCCAACCGGGAAAUGGUCAGACCGCCACCAAAUCGUCGAGAGCAGUAGUCUCCGGCAACACGGCCUGCAAGGCGCCAUCGUCGACAUCCCCGGCUCCGUGAGCGAGGAGAAAGAGAAAGACCAACGCCCCGCCUCCUCCUCCGCCUCCUCAUCCAAAGUCCUGGACGAAGAGGAAAAGAAACUCGACGCAACACGGGGUCCCACGUUCGCCGACAACGAAGCCCAACUGGGAUCGGCGCAGAUGCUCGACACGGCGCGAGGCGAAGUCAUCCAAAAACCCUCUUUCACCACGAUCCUGAAACUCUCGAUUUCCCCACAAGUCCUCGUCCUCGGGAUCGCGUACUUUUGCUCCUUCGGCGCGGAAUUGUCGGUCAACAGCGUGCUGGGCUCAUACUAUCAGAAACAAUUCCCGAACUUGCCCAAAGAGACGGCGAGUAAUUGGGCGGCGAUGUUUGGACUGAUGAAUGUGGUGUUUCGACCGCUGGGGGGUGUGGUCUCGGAUUUGGCGUACAAGUAUUCAGGAGAGAAUGUUUGGGCGAAGAAGGCGCUGUUGCAUGGAUACUGUUUGAUUACGGGGGGGUUCUUGGUGGUUAUUGGGAUGGUUGACUCGCACGGCGUUGGGCAGCUGGUUGCGCUGGUUGGGGUUGGGAUGGCGUUUUUUCUGGAGGGUGCGAAUGGGGUCAACUUUGCGGUGGUGCCGCAUGUGCAUCCUCAUGCUAAUGGUGUGGUUUCGGGAUUUGUUGGAGCGUGUGGGAAUCUGGGCGGGAUUGUGUUUGCGGUUGUUUUCCGCAAUUUGUUGACAAUGGACGAGGACAGAUGA